AAGACAAAGGCAUGCAGAGAAGCUUGCAGCAGCGCAGGGACAGGCACCCUUGGAGCCCACCCAAGAUGGGAGUGCCCUUGAAACAUGUCCAAAAGGAGAGGAGCCAAGAGGUGACGAGCAACAGGUGGAAAGGAUGACCCCUAAACCUGUGCUCCAGGAAGAAAACAACCAAGAGUCUUUUAUUGCAUUUGCUCGGGUGUUCAGUGGUGUGGCUCGAAGAGGAAAGAAAAUUUUUGUCUUGGGGCCCAAAUACAGUCCUCUUGAGUUUUUACAAAGGGUACCAUUAGGCUUCUCAGCUCCACCAGAUGGCCUUCCCCAAGUCCCCCACAUGGCAUACUGUGCUCUGGAAAACCUGUAUCUUCUGAUGGGAAGAGAACUGGAAUAUCUAGAGGAGGUACCUCCAGGAAAUGUGCUAGGUUCUUUUUACUGUUUCUUAUGUCAGUUUUGGUACUUCAUGCUCAUAGAUAAUCAGAUUGACUAUCCAGUUUAUUUGUAA